AUGGCAGGCCCCAAGAUUGCCUGCAUCGGGGUGAUCGGGAAAGCUGACAACCCUCUCCACGUCUCCCUCUUCCCUCCUUAUUCGGACUCGACCAUUGAAUUCUCCUUCCUGCUGAACUCCUGCCUGGACAUCUUUGAGAUCCGGAAGAAACACACCUCCGUGGAUCAGGAUCUGGGUCUACUGCAGGCGAUCGACGAGAGACUGGCGGCUUAUGGCUGGCUGACCACCACUGGAGUGAAGCUCUUGAUCAUUGUGGAUCUAUUCGGCCAGGACGAGGGCGCGGGGAACUCAGCAAGCUCCGCGAUCAGUGGCCUGCGGGACUCCGAUCUGAAGCCGGCCUUCCGAGCAUUGCAGAGCGCCUAUAUCCAACUGCUACAGAACCCGUUCUAUUCUCCCGAUGAUCACACACCAUUGCCAGGUCACACGGUCGUACCCUCUUCUGCAUGUCACCAAAUAUUCAAUCCUAAAUUCGUGGCCGAUAUCAAGCGCAUUGGAGACUCGUGGGCGCCAGGCAUUGCGGUUAUGUAG